ACGUCAGGCAGUGCGCACGUCAUGGCCGUCAAGUUGUUUUGUAUUUUGGCGUGCUUCGUCUCCUGCUAUGGACAACCCAGGGCCCAGCAGUACAUAGUGCCCGAGGCCAAACUUGAAGCCAUUUACCCUAAAGGCCUGAGGGUGUCUAUACCAGACGAUGGCUUCUCCCUCUUCGCUUUCCACGGCAAGCUGAAUGAAGAAAUGGACGGCUUAGAAGCUGGUCAUUGGGCGCGGGACAUCACGAAGGCCAAGGAGGGCCGGUGGACGUUUAGAGACCGUAAUGUCAAGUUGAAGCUUGGUGACAAGAUAUAUUUCUGGACUUAUGUGAUCAAAGACGGACUGGGCUACAGGCAGGACAAUGGCGAGUGGACUGUUACUGAAUUCGUGAACGAAGACGGUACCCCAGCUGAUACUAGCUUGGAACCCACUCCUGCUCCAAUAAACAGACCAAACCAACCCAACCCACCGCAGACCCCCCGGCCAGACCCGCCGUGCGCUGUCUCCACAACCAUGGUGGAAGGGAGGAAGUCAGUCUGCCAAGGAACGUUGCUGUUCAGCGAGGAGUUCGAGAAGCCGAGCCUUAAGGAGCUGACAAAUUGGGAAGCGGAAAUUAAGUUCCCUGAAGAGCCGGACUACCCAUUCAACGUGUACAUGGAUGACGGUACCCUCGGGGUAGAGGAAGGCAACCUUGUUCUCACUCCGAGGCUGUUGGAGUCUCAUUUCCACCCUGGAUUUCUGAACGAGGCCUUAGACUUGACUAACAGAUGCUCUGGUCAAGUGGACACAACGGAGUGCCGUCGUCAGGCCUCAGGGGCUCAAAUCCUGCCCCCAGUGAUGACAGGCAAAAUCACCACGAAGAACAAGUUCAAUUUCAAGUUCGGGAGAGUGGAAGUGAGGGCCAAGUUGCCUGCUGGGAACUGGCUUAUACCUGAAAUUAACCUAGAGCCAAAAGACAACGUGUUUGGGUCCAAAAGAUACGAAUCAGGUCUAAUGAGGGUGGCGUUCGCUAAAGGAAACGCUGUUUUUGCCAAGAAGCUGAACGGAGGACCAGUAUUAUCUGACACUGAGCCGUUCAGGUCUUUGCUGAUGAAGGAGAAGAUCGGGAUUGAUAACUGGAACGGAGAUUUCCAUAACUAUACUAUGAUUUGGAAGAAAGACGGUAUCGACAUGCUGGUAGACGGCGAGAAGUACGGCAGCAUCGACCCUGGCGAGGGCUUCUACGCCGUUGGCAGAGAGCACGCGGUCCCUCAUGCAGCCCACUGGCUGAGAGGCACUGUCAUGGCACCCCUUGAUCAAUACUUCUUCAUCUCCCUCGGCCUCCGAGUGGGUGGCGUCCACGAUUUCGCUGACUCUCCGGACAAACCCUGGAAGAACAGGAGCAACAAGGCUGUCCUCAACUUCUGGAACUCCCGGGAUAGCUGGUUCCCCACCUGGUUCGACGCCAAUCUCCAAGUGGAUUAUGUUAGGGUUUACGCUCUGUGCACGGUUCCUUAUUUAAAUUCUGUCUCUUUUACUCUACUACUGAUGAAUAGAGAUAAGACUAUGUUGUUGUUAUUUGUCACAUGUUUUAGUGCCGUGUGGUGUUACGAGGUGCCACUAGCCAAGCUAGAAGCUAUAUACCCUAAGGGGUUAAGAGUUUCUAUACCAGACGAUGGCUUCUCCUUAUUUGCCUUCCACGGGAAACUCAACGAAGAAAUGGAAGGUCUGGAAGCAGGUCACUGGUCCCGGGACAUCACAAAAGUGAAGGACGGAAGGUGGAUCUUCAGAGACCGAGAGGCAAAACUGAAGAUAGGAGAUAAGAUAUAUUUCUGGACCUUUAUCAUCAAGAACGGGUUAGGUUAUAGGCAGGAUAAUGGGGAGUGGACCGUUACAGGUUACGUGGACGAAGAAGGGAACCCGGUGGAAUCUGAUUACGUUCCUGUUUCCACCAGCUCACCAGCGCUGGUAAUGCCAGAGGUAGCCCAUGUGAUGUCUCCGACCGUCGUGACAGCUGCUCCAGACAUCAGGUUUCCCUGUGAGAUAUCAGUCUCCACGGUGUCGAGUCCAGGGUUCGUUUGCAAAGGCCAGCUGCUGUUUGAAGACAACUUUAACUCCAAACUCGAGAAGUCGAACAUUUGGAGCCCCGAAAUCAUGUUUCCUGGUGAACCUGAUUAUCCAUUCAACGUUUACCUGAACGACAACAACCUCAGAGUCCGAGACGGCAAGCUGAUCAUCAGACCCAUCACGUUGGAGUCCAAGUUUGGAGAAGACUACGUGAGACUGUCCCUGGAUCUCACUGAUAGAUGUACAGGAACGAUAGGGACCAUGGAGUGCUCCCGGGCGGCUUCAGGUCCUCAGAUCUUGCCGCCCGUCAUCACAGCUAAGGUGACCACCAAGAAGAAGUUCAACUUUAAAUACGGAAGGAUAGAAGUUGGCGCCAGGAUGCCGCUUGGGGACUGGCUUAUACCAGAGAUCCAGCUAGAACCCAGGGACCACGUGUACGGUGUCCACAAUUACGCUUCAGGGAUCCUUCGUAUAGCCACCGUGAGGGGAAACGUCGAAUUGUCCAAGAAAUUAUAUGGUGGACCAAUUUUAUGUGAUACAGAACCGUAUAGGACUGCUAACUUGAGGGAAAAGAUUAGUUUUGAUCAUUGGAACAAAGCGAUACACAACUAUUCUCUGGAGUGGAGGCCAGACGGAAUUUCUCUCUUCGUGGAUGGGGACAAAUAUGGCGACGUGUCUCCAGGAGAGGGCUUCUACAAUGACGCCAGCAAGAAUAAUGUUGCUGCUGCCUCGCAGUGGCAGAAGGGCACCUCAAUUGCACCUUUUGAUGACUUGUUCUACAUCUCAAUCGGGUUGAACGUGGGCGGAGUCCACGAGUACCCCGACAGCCCCAACAAGCCCUGGUCUAACAAGGCCACGAAGGCGAUGCUGAACUUCUGGAACGGCCGGGACCAGUGGCUGACCACGUGGCACCAGGACACCAGCGCAUUGCAGAUUGAUUACGUCAGAGUUUACGCGCUGUGAGGUAAUUACUUCUUCCUCC